GAUACAAUGCCCAACAUUGCACUACUGGGCUCUGGAGGAGGAGAGCGAGCCAUGCUGGGGUUACUGGGAUCACUGGUUCAGCUGAAGAAAUGUGAUCUGCUGGACUGCAUGCUGUAUCUGAGUGGAAUAUCAGGAUCCACAUGGUGCAUGGCUUCAUUAUACAGAGAGUCAGAAUGGUCCGCCAAACUGGAUACGGUGCAGGAUGCCAUUGUUAAAAGGCUUAAUGGCCCUGAAGUCACCUGGACAGACUCUUGGAUAAAACUGAAAAAAUACCACAAGAGGGACAACUUCUCUCUGACAGACUUCUGGGCUGUGAUGUUUGUCUCCUCAAUUGUUAAAGAGAUUGACGAGGAUGGUGUAACGCAUCAGAGGGAUUAUCACACCAAAGACCCGUAUCCCGUCUAUGCUGUGAUUGAUGACCAGUGCAAACGGGAGAGUUUGGACUCUGAUGCCUGGUUUGAGAUUACACCUCAUGAAGCUGGAUACUCUCUCACUGGGGCUUUUGUGGACUCAGCCUAUUUAGGGAGUCAGUUUAAAAAUGGAACCUCAGUUAAAAAGCAGCCUGAGAUUGACAUGCUGUAUCUGCAAGGGUUCUGUGGCAGUGCCCUCGCUGAUGAGACAGAGAUAAAGAAAUGGCUAUGGGAAGAGAUGAAAAAAAUAAUUUCGUGUGGUGAAGAGUCCUCCCAGGCCUGCCAGGUUCUCUUAACCUUAGCAGAGCUGAACCUUUGUGUUCUGAAAGAUGAAGACCCCACAAGUCUAAUCACAACCAUGACUGAGCUGUUAAAAGGAAAGCUGGACAAACAUGGGAGAGCAAUGUUUAUCUCAGCACAGGAGUUACUCCAUGAGCGCAAGAGUGCCAUACUGGAGCAGUUCACACUAACCAUCUGUGAAAACUUUGGGGAUUGGUUUAAGGUCCAGGACACUGCAGGGUGGAUUGCCAUAGAUAUUGUGAAGCUUAUCACAAGGUGGAUCUGGGGAACCACAUACGACUUCCUCUACGAUAUGGAAGUGGAAGAUGUGCACCCCUCUGUUCUGACUGAGAAGGAGAGAUAUUAUGAAGAUGCUGGGCUGCUGAUCAACUCUCCCUAUUUCCCAAUGCUGAGAGAGGAGAGAGACAUCGAUCUCAUCAUCUCCCUUGACUUCAGUGCUGGAGACCCCAUGGAGACUGUGGUGAAAACCUCUCAGAUGUGCAAGGAGUUGAAGAUUCCUUUCCCUGGGGUGAAACUGCCGGAUAAUAUUACUGAGCCGGACGACUUCUAUGUGUUCAAGGGCUGCGAUAAAACUCCAACCGUGAUCCACAUUCCCCUUUUCAACAAAGUCAACUGUGAUGGUCAUAUUCAGGACUGGGCAUCCAAAUACUCCACCUUUCAGCAGGCCUACAGCCCCGACUUGAUCAGUGACCUGAUUAAGAAAGCAGGCGAGAAUGUGAUAAACACCAAGGAAAAAAUACUGAAGGAGAUUGCGAAGAUCGUUGAGCAGAAACAAUCCAAAGUGCAUUAG